AUGAUUUCGUUUUAUUUGAUUUUAUCUUUAUCUGUUAAUACUUACCAGGCAGGCGGAAUUGCCACAAUAGGGCAUAAUGUGUUGACUGUUAAGUACUCUAAUGAAGGUUAUUUCGCUUCAAUCACAGGAGUUAUGGAAUGUGAUGAAAAUCAAAUGGUAAUACCGAAAAUUUUAACUAUUAACCAACGAAAAUUUAUCUUACGAUCAAUAUCUAAUCGUGCCUUUGCAUUGAUUAAUACGAGAUACAUAUCUUUACCUGAAGGUGUUAGAUCAAUUCACAAAGAAGCGUUUGCUGCUUCAGAUAUCGUCUCAAUUCACAUCCCCUCAACACUCAGACGCAUCCACCAUAGCGCAUUUGAAAAUUGCUCAGAAUUAACAGAAAUUGAUUUAUCGAAAUGUCGUGUUAUCAUAUUAGGAUCAAAUUCAUUUUAUAAGUGCAAGAAGUUAACUAUUGUACAGCUUCCAUUUUGCCUUACCGAAAUUGGUGCAAAUGCUUUUGCUUUCUCAAAUGUAACUCAAAUCCAAUUUCCAAGUUCAAUUAAAACAAUUCAGUCAUCGGCAUUCGAAAACUGCUUGAAUCUUACUGAAGUUAAUUUCGGAAAUACAGCUCUAAAACGAAUUCAUUCUUCAUGUUUCAAUAAAUGCAAGAGAUUGACAUCAGUUGUCUUCUCAAGGAACUUAACUCAUAUUUACAAGUACGCUUUCAAUGGAACUGCUAUAAAAAUCUUCUCAUUACCACAAUCAGUCGUAAAAAUCGGGUAUCAAUCGCUUUCUAGCUACAGAUUGAAGUCAGUACAUAUUCCAAAUACUAACACAAUAUAUAAAACAGACCAAGGAAUACUGUAUAACGCAAAAAGAGAUUCAUUAAUUUUAUAUCCAUCAUCAAUCCAUUCAAAGAAGGGAAGAUUCACAUUACUAGGAUCAGUAACAUCAAUAGAUCCUCAUUCCUGCAUGUAUAUGAACAUAACUCACAUAGAAAUUCCAAAAUCAGUACAAGAAAUCGGAGAUUACGCGUUUUAUGGCGGAAAAUUCGAAAAUAUAACACUUCCGAAUUCAAUCACUGAGAUUGGUGAUUGCGCAUUUGAAAAAUGUACUGAAUUGAAAUUCAUUUCACUACAAAGUACCCAAAUCACAGAUAUUUCUCAUAAAUGUUUCGCAAGUUGUUCCAAACUUUCUAAAAUAUCCAUUCCUAGUGGAAUUAGAAGCAUCGGAUUCAAAGCUUUCUUUAAUACAAGUAUAUCUACCUUAGAAAUCCCUCAAACAUGCACUAAAAUAGGGUAUGGAUUUGCUUCAUUAUGUAAACACCUUAAAACUCUAACUGUAAACAAAGAAAAUAAAAAAUUUGUGAUGAAAGAUGGAGCUCUUUAUAGUUCUGAUUUUACGUCGAUCAUUCUAUUACCAUUGAGCUCAGCAGGAUCCAGUUUUAGAGUAAUGAAGGAGACAAACUUCAUUGCUCCACUUAGUUUCGCUUAUCUUAAAAUAGAAACAAUAAAACUCGGAAAGCAUGUUGAAUGUAUAGGUUCAUAUGCUUUCUAUUCAACUGUUAUUAGUAAUAUCGAGUUCCCUGCUAGCUUACAAACGAUUUCUAGCAGAGCUUUUAUGAAAUGCUCGAAUUUGACAACUAUUAACACUCAAUCGACUGGUUUGGAAGUCAUUGGAAGCUUCGCCUUCAUGGGCUGCAAGAAUCUCCUUGAAGUCACUCUUCCAAGCUCACUAAAAAGUGUUGGAGAGAGAGCAUUCAAAAGUUGUUCGUCUCUCAAAUUGGUCAAAUAUUUCGGAGUGAAAGAUUUGACAGGAAAAGCAGUUUUUGAGGGCUCCACGCCUAUUGUAUAUGUAACAAGGAGAUUCCCGCAAGUAACUCUUGCUGGUCUUAGAGUUAGAAGUUCAAAUAAUUAG